AUGUCAGCAUUCACCGAAGCAAAUCGGAAAGCAUUCGAUGAACUCUCCGCAACUUACAACACCAAACCCUGGCAACACGAGCUGAAAUCUCAAGUCGCAACAGCCCUUCAAGCCCGCACCGAAUGGAUUGGUGCCGAAUGGAUUUCUCCCCACCAGCAACCACCCGGUCAACAGCGACGAGAUGUGCGAUUACUCGAUUAUGCCUGUGGUACGGGCGCCAUCACUUUGGCACUGGGGCCUUAUGUCACACAGACGCGAGCACUCGAUAUUUCUGAGAAAAUGGUCCAGCAAUAUAAUGAUGCGGCUCGUGCGUCUGGUUUGACCGCGGAGCAAGCGUGUGCUCGAGUGGGGAAUUUGUUGGUGGAGGAGGAUGGGGAAGGGCAGGAUUCGGCGUUGGAAGAUCGUGAGGAGUGGUAUGAAUUUGAUGUUGUAGCCGUAGGGUUGGGAUUUCAUCAUUUUGAAAAUCCGGAGCGGGCGGUGAAGCAACUUGCGAAGAGAUUGAAGGCUCAAACGGGAGUUUUGGUGAUUGUGGAUUUUUUGCCGUUUGAGAAAGGUGGUGGUGGUGACAAUCAUCAUGGCUCGUCUUCUUCUUCUACUACUACUACAGAUAUGGCGCACACGAUUAAACGGAAUGGGUUCACGGGGGAGGAGAUGAGAGAUAUGUACACUGCAGCGGGAUUUGAGGAUUUUGAUAUUGUGGCUCUCAAGCAGCCAGCUCGGAUGGAGCUCAGCUCGGGUACAGUAUAUCGAAGACUGUUUAUUGCAAAAGGUCGAAAGGGAGCGACUGUGAUGCAAAAGCUGGGCAACUGGAUCGGAGGCCUACAAGAUUGGGCAGCUGGUGGAUGGAAUGCGAGUGGCGGGAGCGAUACGCACACAUGGGAUCCGGGUUUUGCGAACGAUGUGGCCAAACAGGAAGGCAGUAUCUGGGGCCCUGAGAAGAGGAAGGCAGAAGACUAUGCGGCUAUGCCAAAGAAAGAUGAGCCGUAUCGAGAUACAAGAGGUUGGAAUAUGGUUUGUCUCUCCAAGCCUCUCGUGCUGUGCUGUAGCCCUUUGCUGACCCUGCACUCUCUUGCUCUCUAGGGAUUGCCACGAGACGAUGCUUAGGUCGCCGGGACUGGUUGUCAGACCACCUCGUGUCGACUCUGUAGCUGAGUCGCUCGUGGUAGCACAGCGUCAGUGUCUCUGGGGGUGAUGAAGCCACAGCAUACUUGUACAGCCCAGUUUGGACCACAUCUAUCAAGUAAGUAGUGGUCACCCGCCACUGGCUUGGCACGGUAGAUUCGCGUAUUCACUUCGACAAGUGUGAGAGAAGCUUGUUCCAGCUUCCAGCCUUCAUCUGCCAGGAAUGCUGGGUUACAGAGUGUGCGGCCGGGUCAUAAAGACAAUCGCUCGUGGCAACCCGGCCAGAUUGCAAAUUCUCUUCAUCCCUCUACUUUCACGUCUCUCAUGCCCUCUGUGAUGGCAUCCUCACCUUCGUCCUCAUCGUCGGCAGUCUUGCCUGCCAAACCUUGCUCCCAUAAUUGCCUUCCGGUCAAUAGAUCCUUCUGCUCCUUGCCACCACGCUUCUUCUUCUCCUCGGCUUCCUGCUCCAGGCGUUUCCGCUCGGCCUCUUCAGCCAUCUCCUUGCGAAACUUGUCGCGCCAGGCCAAGAAGCUCUCGCGUGUGACCUUCUCGCCCUCGAAGCGCUUGUUCUCCUCUUCCUCGGCACGUGCCCGUUCUGCGUCGCGCACCGCAAUGAUGGCAGCAUAGCGGUCGUUGAUGAGCUGCUCAGCGGCCUCUUUCAGCGUGGCCUGAAUGGUGAAGAUCAUCUGCAUGCCGAGUGAUGCUUCAAUGUCCGGCUGCAGUGCAUCCAGCAGCCGUGGCUUAUCCUCCUGAAUGUCGAGGUGCUCAUACUUGGGCGCGUUGGGUGGCUGCGUGAUGUCGAGCACGGGCGCCUCAUCGGGGUACUUUUCGGGGUAGCGCACAUUCAGGAUGAUGCGCACCGGCUCUGGGCCACUCUCGUCCUCACUGUCAUCGGCGGCGGCGGCCGUGCCCUCGCGCUGCUCCGGCGUGUCGAGGACGAUGGUGAUGCGGAACUCGGUCUCGGAGAUGUCCUGGAUUUCGUCGGGAAAGAUGGAAUCCAACACCUCCCGCUCUUCCUGCUGUUCUUCUCGACCCAUGUCUUCUUUCGUGCUCAAUGUGCAGUCAUGAAUCGGGUGCGGUGGCAACGAGCAGCAGAACCAGUUAGCCCGAAC